UGUCGUCUACUUUUGGUAACCUAGCAACACUGACGUGUUCCUUAGCUUUUUCGUCAUUAUUAUCUUUUUAAUCUCUGGUUGAUUUUAUUGUAACUCGUUUGGAAACACAAGUGUUAGCAAUUUUUCUCAACUCUGCGUAAGAUUUGUUGUGUUAUAGCCUACAAUUUCAAUAUUGAAAAGUGUAAAGUAAAAAACUAAUAAUGAUAAAGGCACAAUUCUUGCUACUCUCAACAGUGUUAUUCAUGCAGGUAUUUGUAAGAACUGUAACUAGUGGAGAUGGAAAAACAAAAGAAAAUGAUCAUGAGGAAUGGAGAACUCUUAAGAAAGAUGAAAGUGUUCCAGUCGGAUCCCAUGUCCGAAUAGAUUUAACUACUGGUCAUCGAGCUAUAAAUGUUGCCAGCAAAAAAAAUCUCAAAUUUAAAACUUCUCUUAUGCCAGUGGAAACAGAUAAUGAGCCAACUGAUGAAGGAAGCGGUUCUGAUUCAAAAAAUGAAGUGAAAAGUGAAGGGCUCGAUGAUAUACGACGCAGGCUAAAAGAAAUUCAUGGUGAUGAUACGAAAUCAGCAAAUUCUGAAACAGAAAAAAUCAAAGACAAAUUCAAAUCGUACGAUGAAAUAAAAAAGGACUUUGAAGAAUUGCAAAUGGCCGUACGUACGGAUAUAGAGGUUAUGAACAGAAUUAUUGAGAAGUAUUUGGAGCUGACAAAAACUAAAUCUCCUCUAAGUGAAGAAGAUGAAGAGCAACAGGUUGUGAUGUUGAAAAGCCUGGAAUACCUUGUUCAUCAAAUUGACAACGCCUAUGAGUUCGUCAAGAAUGAUGGAUUGAAAACGGUGGUGCUGCCUUCGCUGAAUUCGAGCGAGCCGCGGGUGCGUUCGACAGUGGCGCGCGUGCUGGGGUCGGCAACGCAGAGCAACAUCGGCGCACAGAUCGCCGCACUGGAGGCGGGCGCCGUCGGGGCGCUGCUGCGGCUCAUAGCUCUCGACGCCGACCUCUCUGUGCGCACCUCCUGCCUCUUUGCGCUCUCCUGCCUCGUGCGACGGUUCCCUCUGGCGCAGAAGAAGCUCGUCGACGAGGGUGGGCUCACCGUUCUCGCAAACUUCUACAAUAGCGAAGCCGUCGACAAACUCAACAUAAGGGUUAAAAUCAUAACAUUCAUUCAGGACCUGAUAGUGGAGAAGCAAGAUGCGGAGAAGACACUGGUGUCAGUGAGCAGCGGCAACACAAGCACCGCGAUCGUGGACGAGGCGAAGGAGCGCCUGCGCCAAUACAACCUGCUUGGCCUCCAAGUCAAGCUACAGGAGCAACACUGGUGUCACCAGCUGUCCACCCUCCUCGUGCAGCAAGUCUCGCAGCAUCUCGACAAAAUACUAGCCACCAUCAAAACUCACCAAGUGCUAUCAGAAGUCGGCCAAGUCGACCAUGAUGUUGUCGAAAAGGUUUUGAGUGCUCUUAUUGCUUCCUCAAGUCUGUGCUUGAACGAUCUCGGAAACGAUACCGAGCUGAGGACAGUGUUACAAAUUCUCUACAACUACUACACCGAGCUUGCUAGGACAGAUCCCGGUGAUGAUGACUACUUUGCGACUGUAAUUGUACCGCUCAUAGAAGAUGUGUCAAAUAAUCUUAACAUGAAGAUACAUGAGCAUGAUGAACUCUAGUAUAAGAUGUUCAAUGCAUUUUCACAUGAAAAUUCCAAACAUGUUUCAUCAAGCUCUAACAAUUUAGCACACCUUCAUUUCACUUUCAAGGAAAAUUCCAUGUCACGGCUUCUGCUCAGUCCUGAAAACAGCUAGCACCAAGCAAUUUAUUUCCCAAAGUCUCACAUUUGAUUACCAAUUGCACGUAGACGUGAAUACGAAGUGAAUUAGUUUUAGCAACCUUUAUGGCGUGACAGACCUUCAUGAAAAUCUUCUUUUCCUUGACAGAAAAAAAUGCAUAAAUACUGUUUUUGGUGAGAUGUAGUGAUAUUUAUCUAUAAUAAAACACUGGAAUGUUUUCUAGGAGUAUAAAACUUUUAUACUUAUAAUAAACUAAUUUAUUGAAAAUUACAUACAUGUCUCAACAUCUGUGGUGACACUGAAGAUGACACCACAGGUGUUGAAACACGUAAUAAAUGUAAUUCAAACAUACUAUGUAAUUUUUCAAUAGUAAUACUUCAAGACAACAUUCCAGUAUUUCAUUAUAAUUCAUAAAUAUGUGGAUUCAAAAUCCCAUCGAACGAAUAAUUCAAACUAUACUAUCGAGAAACUUAAAUGCUUCCAUUCCAUUCAAGCCUAGUUUUCAUUACCACACGUUGCGGAUGGACACGUUAAACCGUCGGUCCCACUGCCUAAAAACAGUCGUUAGGUCAUGUCAGAGGCCCUGAAAUUAAUCAGGUAUGACCUGAAAAUUCUGACACCAGACCUGAGCCAGCCAGGUCACUCUAUAUUAUUAUUAUAACCACAAAUUGGACGCAGCAACAUUAAUGGAGGUCGAAUACCGGAAACUUGUGUAUAGUGAGGUCCACGUUAUAAUGGCAGUGGUUAAAGAUAGAAGAAUAGCGAUGCCGAUUCUCUGCAUUAAUUAAUUAUAUUUCUACACUGUCAAAAACAUAAUUGGCAUCGUUGUGGACCUAGAAAAGAAUAGUACCACCGGCUUUGUCGAAUGAUAGACAAUGAUAGCAAAACCAAAGUAGAUCAAAUACUGUCAUUAUAACGUGGACCUCACUAUAGUAUAAUGGAACAAUGUUCUACAAAAUUAUGUGACUCGGCACGACAUGAGUUAGACCAAUAUGCUGCAUGGAAAGUUGAGCAGUGCUUUCAUAUUCCAGUGUCGAACGCGCGAACCAUGACUCAUCUCUUUUUCUCAAAGCCAAACUUCCUUAAAAAUAAAAAUAAGAGAUUUCUGACUAUAUUUUGAUUCAGCAGCCUAAACUCGCUAUGCACCAGUCCCGAAAUGGGAACAAUAGGCGGAACCUAGUAUAAAUCCUACAAGGUGCUGGCGCAGCACGUCGCGUAUCACGACAUUGCAACAUUUAGUAUAUGGAAACGAGGCUUUACUAACACAAACAAAAUUGCCCAACCUCAUGCUGUAAAUGAAUCUAUUAUUUUGAUUCGCGUUGAGAAAUAGUAUCCCGUUAUAUUUUGUCAACUCCACAAGCUAGUCACUAGGCUAACAAACUGAUGAAAUACAGUUUUUGCAGCUAUAAUAAGGUAGUAGUUUUUAUAAAAUGUAUAUAUUUCUUAUUAUUUAUUCUACUUUUUAUAUAUCUGUAUAAAAUUAGCUCAAUAAACUGUUUUUGUUUUUAGUUUUCCAAUUUCCCUGGGUUCAUCAAACGUUUUUCCUCACUUUAGUAGGAUUCACAUUAAAUCUCAAAUUCAAACUAUUCCAAAUUCUUUUAUUAUUUCCAAGAAACUGGAUCAAGGAUAACCUCACCUAUCAAAUUUAUUCAAAUCAAUCAUAAUCAUUCAGCCUAUAUUAUGUCUGUGAGUACCUGUAUUAUAUGAAUUUCUUCAAAAUAUCCAAAAUGACUUAUUCAGUUCUUGUGAUGUGUUUGGAAAAAGUAUAUAAUAUUUGAGAUAAAAAUGUAAUCAAUUCUGUUUUUUACAAUAUCUCAUUUGUGAAUACAAUAUCUCAUGAUACUUUUACUCUGGAAUAUCAUUAUCAUCUCAUGCAUUUGAAACAUUAUCUUGAAUUAGAAUGUUGACUUUUGUUUAGUGCUUGUUGUGGUCGUUAUAGAAUAGGAAAUAAAGACUGUUUUUCUAUCAAGUCA